GUGGCACAUGCAUGUAAGAACCGAGUUUGACGUUCUUGAGAUAGAUUACGAACAAAUUCCGAAAUUUCAUCUGGUCUGUUUGUAAAAGCCCCGUGUAUGCUUCUGUAAAGGAUAUGGACAUGGAGAGCCAAACCAGGGCCUCUUAUCAGUAAAUGCAAGGAACGUUAACUCUGAAAAAGCGCUGGGCAAACUUAACAAGAGACCAUGGGGUGCAGCUGCAGCUCUGACUAUGAUGAGGACUGGCAGGAGCACCUGGAUGAGAAGUGUGAUCAGUGCAAUUGCCCUAUCCCUCCUGACUCUCUCAAUCCGUACAAAGAUGACCACAGUGGCUACCCUACCCAGUACGAUCCACCAACCUCUCCUCUAGACAAUCUGGUUGUGGCGCUGCACAACUAUGAGCCCAGCCACAGCGACGACCUGGGCUUCGAGAAGGGGGAGAAGCUGAAAAUCAUCGACAGAGAGGACCCUGAAUGGUACAUGGCAGAGUCAUUGACCACAGGAGAAAGGGGUUACAUCCCAUACAACUUUGUGGCCAAGUUUAACACAAUUGAGACUGAGCCCUGGUUCUUCAAGAACCUGUCUCGAAAUGAUGCCAACAGGCAGCUCCUGGCUCCGGGGAACACACAAGGCUCGUUCCUUAUCCGUGAGAGUGAGACGACCCCAGGUAGUUUCUCUCUGUCUGUGAGGGACAUGGAUCAGACCUCAGGAGACGUGGUCAAGCACUACAGGAUCCGUAACAUCGAUAGUGGCGGCUACUACAUCACCACCAAGAUCUCGUUCGCGUCUCUGUCAGAGCUGGUGAAGCAUUACACACGAGAUGCUGACGGCCUUUGCACUCGCCUGGUGAAGCCCAGUCAGACGCGUAUGCCUCAGAGGCCCUGGUGGCAGGAUGAGUGGGAGGUCCCGCGAGAGUCCCUCAAGCUGGAGCGUCGGCUGGGGGCCGGCCAGUUUGGAGAAGUGUGGAUGGGUGUGUACAACAACAACAGAAAGGUUGCUAUCAAGUGUCUGAAGGCAGGGACCAUGUCCAUCAAUGCAUUCCUGGCAGAGGCCAACCUCAUGAAGGCUCUGCAGCAUGCACGCCUGGUGCGCCUCUUCGCCGUGGUAACGGCGGAACCCAUUUACAUCAUCACAGAGUACAUGGAGAACGGCAGUUUGGUGGAUUUUCUAAAGACUUCAGAAGGCAUGAAACUUAGCAUGAACACACUCAUUGACAUGGGCUCACAGAUCGCAGAAGGCAUGUCUUACAUUGAAUGUAAAAAUUACAUCCACCGAGAUCUGCGAGCAGCAAACAUCCUUGUGUCACUCGAUCUCGUCUGCAAGAUUGCUGACUUUGGCCUGGCUCGACUCAUAGAGGACAAUGAGUACACAGCAAGAGAUGGUGCUAAAUUCCCCAUCAAAUGGACUGCCCCAGAGGCAAUAAACUAUGGAACCUUCUCCAUCAAGUCAGACGUCUGGUCUUUUGGGGUCCUGCUAACUGAAAUUGUGACAUACGGACGAAUCCCUUACCCAGGAAUGACUAACCCAGAGGUGAUCCAGAACCUGGAGCGUGGUUACAGGAUGCCCCAGCCAGAAAACUGUCCGGACGGUCUCUACGGCAUUAUGCAGCACUGCUGGACCGAGGUCCCCGAGGACAGGCCCACUUUUGAGUACCUGAAGUGUGUACUGGAGGACUUCGCCACAUCCACUGAAAGGCAGUACCAGGAAGGCCUGUAACAGCAUGCUGUUUUAGUGAACAGUUCAGUGUCCAGAUGUGCUGCCAUGCAAAAGGAUUAGGCCUUCUAUACUCAGGGUCCUGGAUUGAAAUGGGUGACUGACUUCUCAUAAAAAAGGCCAAAAAAGAAAUUACUGUCUGCUUUUUUUGUGUGCCAGUUUAUGAUUCAAAGCUCUUUCAAGCAGUUAUACAUGUAUAACAAAAUAUUUAGACUUUUUUUCUUGUAUGGAUGAUGCCGUAGGUGGAAUCAAGAGGAUAUAGUUAAUUAUGGUGUAUUAAGCAGUAAUGUGUCUGUUCCUUCGUAAAUACGCAUAUUUAUCUUUCCACACCCACCAAACCAACCAAGCUCCCAAUGGAAUUAAUCUGAGACAGAGGUGGAGAGACGUAAUUAUACAGAUAGCUGAUGAACGUGAUUUAAGGGAUUUUAGAUUUAGCCAGUGUUGGUUGUUAAGUUAAGGUGCAUUAUCUUUGUGUCUUUGUGUGUGUGUGUGUGUGUGUGUGUGUGUGUGUGUGUGUAUGUGUGUGUGAGAGGGAGAGAGAGAGAGAAUGGAGACUCAGCUGGAAAUUUCUAAAGCACCAAAUUAUUGGAAAGUAUAUGUGUUUUUGUCUGUUUAUCUAUGUACAUAUUUAGCCAUCUACUUAGAGUGGAAUAAUAGGUGCAUGUCAGUAUAUUUGUAAUGUAGGUAUAAAUGUAGGUAUCUGGUUGUUUCUUUCCUUGUAUGGUCUUUAUUUUGUCUGGACAUCCUCUGUGUCUGAACAUGUUAUGGUAGACAAGCUUAAACAACGACAGUCCUUUAAGUAUUGUUAUUGCAGUGUUAGAAAGUUACUUUCUAACACUGAACACAACUUAUACCAGGGAAUACACAAUAGCUGAUUGCUCUAUUUGGAAUACCCUGUCUUUCAUUAUUUACAUAUUGUCUUUAAUGUGUCAGUUUUUGCAUGAUUUAGUGAUUUGUGCUUUCCAGUUAGUUAGUUAUUGAAGCAAUUAAGUAUUCUCUUGUUAUGACAAUCGUUCUUAUGUUGAACUUUAAUAAAUUCCUUAUACAAA